GUUUUCAAUGAAAACCUGACCUCCUGGGCUCAGAGUUGAAAAGGAAACACCAGCUAGAAUUUCAGCUGCUAGCAUUACUUCUGACAGCACAGACGCAUUUCCUCGCUGUAGCAGAACGCAGACGACUAGCAUACUCUGCAGUAGUGUGACAGAUGCAAAACAAAGUCAGACAACCUCAGAACAGGGAGUGAAGACUGCAGGAACAGCAAAGUGCAUAGAAGGAUAUAACAACUGAACUCUCACUGGUCUCAAAAACCUCACUUUUUACAAAGGCAGGGAUUGAAUGCCUGCAGCAUCUGACUAUAAUUUGUAAAUUACAGGAUUCCUAAAAAACAAAGAAAAUACAGUUCUAAUAGACCAAAACUAAGAAAGCAAAGCUGAGAGAAUGACCUGUGUGAAGUCAACACCCUGCUUUUGCCUGUUCAUGCUUGCUAUCAGUUUCAUAGUCACUAAGGUACAUUGUGGCUGCCCUUCUGACUGCAAUUGCCCUGCAGAGGUACCUGUUUGUGCACCUGGUGUCAGCCUGAUAAAGGAUUCCUGUGGCUGUUGUAAGGUAUGUGCCAGGCAGUACAAUGAAGAUUGUAGCCAGGACUACCCAUGUGACUACAUUAAGAGCCUGCAGUGUGACUUUGGGGGCAGUGGCAACCUCACCAAGGGCAUCUGCAGAGCCAAACCAGAGGGCAGGCCAUGUGAAUUCUUUGGAAAAAUAUACCAGACAGGGGAGAACUUCCGGCCAAACUGUAAACAUCAUUGUACCUGCAUGGAUGGAGUAGUGGGGUGUCUGCCGCUUUGCCCACAGGAACUCUCAGUACCCCCAAAAGACUGCAGUAAACCACAUUUAGUAAAGAUUCCUGGUCAGUGUUGUGAAGAGUGGGUCUGUGAUAACAAUCACAUUCCUGAUGAUUCUGCAGAGAAAAUGGAUGACCUGGAGGAUGCAUUCAAGUCCUCAUCCUCAUCAUCAUCAUCAUCAGAGGAAGAAGACCCUAAAGAUCAAAUCGAUGAAGCUGAGACAUUGUCUAGUAAUGAAUUGGUCUUUAUGUCUCGCAAUGAAGCCAAAGCUAAGCAAGGUCAGCAAGCAGACACUGAGGACCAGCACUCUAGCAGAGCAAAAUGCGUUAUUCAAACAACAGAGUGGUCUCCAUGCUCUAAGUCAUGUGGAACAGGAAUAUCAACAAGGGUUACCAAUGACAGCCCCCAGUGCAAACUCACAAAACAGACACGGCUGUGCCAGCUACGACCAUGCAAUUCCACAUUAACCAUAAUUCUUCAGAAGAAAGGAAAGAAAUGUGUGCGAACAAAGAAAUCUGAUGAGGCAGUGCGCUUUACAUAUGCAGGCUGUAGCAGUAUUAGACAGUAUCACCCCCGUUCCUGUGGUGCUUGUCUAGAUGGCCGUUGCUGCACACCAUCUCAAACUCGCACCAUCCAUGUCCGCUUCCGAUGUGAUGAUGGAGAGACCUUCCAGAAGAAUAUGAUGUGGAUCUUGAAGUGUCGAUGUGACCCCAGUUGCCCAUCUUAUAAUGAAACAUCCCCUGCUCACUAUGUACUACACAAUGACAUCCACAGGUUUUCUGAGUGACUACUUCUUUGCACUAUGUGCCUUUAGCCCCCUCAUUCCCUCCUCCCCAGUCUAGUAGACACCCCAAGAGGUUGCAUAAAAACUCUCUGCAAGUUAAUAUCUGAGCUGAAUGAAGAAUCCUCUUGGCCACUAGCUUAUUCAGAGUUAUAAGUUAGCAGAGGUAUGGUGGAUUAUUCUUUUCCAAGCACAACAAUGUAACCGAGUGAAAGGCAUUGUUAACUUGCUGUCAGUUCAAGCAUAUGUCUAUGAAAUGGCAAAAUUCAUAGACUAGCAAAGGUUUUUUUUUAACAAAUGCCAACAGAUAAUGUAUGAAAGGAUGCAAGAGAACCCCCUUCUUUGCUGAAAAAGAAAAUCUACAGUCAUAGUGUUUGUAGUUAUUAACUUGGCUUCUUAGAUCUCAGUUUGGAGGCAGAAAGAAAAAUGAAGGAAGGCAUGAAAAAUGAAGGAAGGUAUGCCAAGUUAUAUGGCAUUAACUUGUAGUGAACUGCUACUACGUAAUACCACAUCACUUAUCCAAUGAAUGCAUUAUGAAAGGAAAAACAAACAUAAUAAAGAAACCAACAUAUUACAGAAAACUGAAGACAUUAACUAAAGCAGGCUUAUUUUAGUUAAGGAGGAUAUAACACAUUUACACAGGGUAGCUGUGUUUGUAUGUGACAAAGAACAGAACCACACUGCAUCAUACAUGCAGCAUAUGCCUAGUGUGUGACACCACACAUGUAAAAAAAGAGGGUCUGACCCAAAGAAAUGAGUGAGCGGUGUGAAAUGUUACUCACUUAAAAAUUAGAAAUAUUUACUGAAUACUAGUAUUUUAGGGUAAUAAGAGGUUUUAACCGAUGCUUAAUCAUCCAGAACUUUCAACAUAGGGGUACAUUUAUUAAGUCAGCUGUGCCUACAAAUUCUAAAAGUGGUUGAGGCUGUAAGCUAUCCCAAAACUAGCACUGCCAGAUGGUCUGAUGUUUGUGGCAGUGACUUGGUGGGCAACAAAUUAAGUUCAUAGCAUUGUGCUUCAAAAAACAUUAUAAUGGUCUAAAGUAACAUCAGUUAUUAGAUAACCAUGGGUAGAAUACAUUGCAGAGGGAAAAAAAUAUUUUUUGUUGCACAUUGUGAAGUGAUUGCCAAAAGGCAGACACUGGGUUUUGUGAGAUAUUUGCCUUGCUGACUAUAUGAGCAGUAUUACAUUGAGAAAAUAAAGCAUAUUUAUAGUGCAGCACUGGAACAAAAACAAGCAAAAACAAAAAUUAAUCCCCUGGGUAUUUAAUUAAUGCCCUGGGUAUUUAAUUAAUGCCCUGGGUAUUUAUUGACAAAGAAAAGAAAUAAAUAAUGUGCAACAUCACUUUCUGCCAGAUGGAUCUAAUUGCUUAUAGAAUGUCCCGUUACCACUAAACUAGUGCCUCUUCAAGUGCUAUAAACCCAUCAUUUUUGACAAAUUUAAUUUUUUAGACAUUCUCAUGCGUGUAUUUUUCUUCUUUUAAAUUAUUUAUGGAUAUGCACUGUACAAACUGGAAUUUUAUAUAUCGGUAUGUUUGUGUGUGUGUGUGUGUGUGUGUGUGUGUGUGUGUGUGUGUGUGUGUGUGUGUGUGUGUGUGUGUGUGUGUGUGUGUAUGGUGCAUCUGGGUUUGUGUGCAUGUGUGCAAAUAUACAUAUUUGUCUAAACAUGCAUGCCUGUGUAUAUGUGCAUAUGUGAUUUGAAAAUAUGUGCAUGUGUGUUUGUGUGCGCUGACGAUCAGCUUAUUUGCAUACAUGACUACAACAUCUAUGUACUCUUACAGUACAUAUAAAAGGUUGUGUGUAUAUGUUAGCUCACCUGUUAACUUACAGCCUGCAGGAGAAAUAUGUACCUGUAUAGAAACGUUGUAACUCUUUUGUUUAUUGACCAGACAAUGAAACAGUCAAUAUCAGGCUGUAAUGGUGUUUGUGUACAGACUUCACAGAAGUGGAGUGACUCUCAUAGAACCUGCUUCGUUAUCGAGGCGUGAACUGGACAACCAAUGGAGCUGUGCUGUAAUAUAAAUGUAAUAAUUUUUGUAUGUAUAUUUAAGGCUUUUGUAUUUUAAUAUAUUUCUAUAUGUCUGCCAAAUUAUAUUAAAAGCUUUUCUUUUUAAGGAA